UUCUGGCUUCUUGAAUAUUAGGUGACUGUGAAUAAUGUGGCAGUAGGUUUACCUUAUGAAAAAUAUAGCCUGAAGAUUCACAAGGCUGGUCUAAACUAUGUGGUACAACUAACUAGAUUGAAGAUUAAUGUAACAUACAGUGGCAUGGCUUUCACAAUCCGGAUGCCCUUUCAGAUUUUUGCCAACAAUACCCAGGGACAAUGUGGAAAAUGCAACAACGUUAUCGAAGAUGACUGUAUGUUAAGGAAUGGGACUGUUAUACCUUCUUGUGAAAUAAUGGCAGAUGAUUGGAUUAUUUCUGAUCCAGAAAAGCCACAUUGUCAGCAUAUGUCCCCAUCCCCACCUAUAAUUAAUCCUGACUGCAAACCAUCUGAGUUAUGUGAGCUUCUAAAAGGAAGUUUAUUUGAGAAAUGCCAUCCCAUUGUUGACGUUAAAAGCUACUAUGAUGCCUGCGUAUUUGAUAGCUGCAGAGCGCCCAACCAAUUCAUAGAAUGUGCAAGUCUUCAAAUUUAUGCAGCAACCUGCACAGAUCAGGGGGUUUGCAUUGACUGGAGAGGACAUACCAACAACGCAUGUCGUAAGUGUCUCCAUUUCCAAAAUUUGUCUGGAACUUAUCUGUAUCCCCUUCCCUGACUUGGAUUGUGAGCC